CUUCCCGCCCUUUUGAUUUUAUUUGCCCCUUUACCAAGCUAAACCAUUAGUAAAUUAGUGGAUUGAUGAUCCGAUCCAAUUUAACAAAAGCAAAAAAAAAAAGAAGAGAAAUUAGGGAUGGCGACGGAGCAUUUCCGUUUCCCAGCCCUCCAAGAGCCGCGAAUAAUAUGCUUUUCGUUGGACUGUAACGUUAGAGACUUGAAAUUAAAUAAAAAGAAAAAUGAAUAAAUAAGUUGGAUUCAUGGUUGCCACACGACACCAGGUCCACAAAUGAAGCCCAUGGGGGAAGAGGCCUUCGGAAGUCAAUUUCGACGGGCGGGCCCAUAGAUUCUUCCCUAUCUUUGUUAUCUUCUUCCCUUCUCAUGUGGUUACAAUUUCGACCGCUAAGGAUCUUCACCACUCACAAGAACAUAGAGAUAGGCAAAAUAAUCUAGUCCAUCCAAUAAUGGUUCCUCCAAAUUCCUUCUCUUUUUGGGUGAGCAUCACACACUAGCAAAAGAAAAAGAAAAAAAAAAAGGAUAUGCAAAAAUGUAUGAGGGGGAGGAUAGUUCAAAAGGGGAAGAAAAUUGAUAAUUUGAUGGUAUAUAAGGGAUUAUUAUAACGAAAAAAUUCAUUACGGUAAUGAAUUCGAAGUAAAAAAAAAUAUAUUUUAAAUGCCUCUGCAAACAGAGUUGCUCAAAUAUCUUGAAUAGUAUUUAGAACAAGUUAACCUACAACGGGAGUACUUGGGUCAUUUUUGCAGUACUGAACACGAAAUACAAGAUACUAGAAAAUGAGUUUUGAAAAUGUAUCGCACUUAUCGAAAAUCUAAAAAAAUUGUCGUCGACUUUAUACCUUCGUAAUCAUGGUCAUUUCAUCCAUUUUAAAUUUCAUUUUGAUCGUGACGAUCCAUCCUCUUGCCGACGAAUAAAUGUGGGAUUACGACGAGAAUCACCGGAGAUUGUUAUUCCUAAGAUGAAACCCUUUUUUAUGCAGUUACUCAUUGGAUGAUUAAUAUUACAAAUUACUAACUAUAUUUCACUUUUUUCUCAAUUAUAUGGAAACAGAAAAACUAAAGCGGCAAAAAUUGACCAUAUUCCAUUAUGUUCUAGUGGCUUGGCUUGUGCCGUUUCUGAGAUUCCUCCCUCCUUCCCCAAAAUUCCCGCCGAUGCAGCCACGCAAGCAAAGGGUCCCAAGCCAGUUGUGACGAAAGCGCUGAUGCGGGCUCUCCGAUGAACCAAUGGAAAUAAUCCACGUAAGAAAAUGGCUGAGCCCUGAAAUAAUAGCGUCCAGGUUCAAUGAACCACGAAAUCCGAAGCCCUCCUAUUAUUUAACGGUCCCUUCCCAAUACUCCCGAAUCUAAAACCCACCACCGCACAGAAAGGAAAAACAAACAGCAACCAAACAAUCCCGAUUUUCCGUCUCCGAUAUCAUUUUCCGGCGAUUACAAGGCAAAGCACCAAACUCACCAUGGCCUUCGUCGCAACCUCUUCUUCCACCACCGCGAUUUCGGCUUCUAAUCUCGCUCGCUCCACUGGUUCUUCCUCUGAGCCCAAUGCUCCUCGAAUUGGCUCGUUCCGAUUGUUGGACCGUCGCUCCGCCGCCGCCGUCAACCUCUCCUCCCAGAGGCGCGCGUCGUCCGUGAGGCCGGUGAAUGCGGAGCCGAAGCGUAACGAUGGAAUCGUUCCUCUCGCGGCGGCCGUCGCCACUCCCGAAGUGGCGGAGAAAGUGGAGGUGGAAGACUACGAGCAGCUUGCCAAGCAGCUCGAGAACGCUUCUCCCUUGCAAAUCAUGGACAAGGCUCUGGAGAAAUUCGGCAACGAUAUUGCUAUCGCCUUCAGUGGCGCAGAAGACGUAGCAUUGAUCGAAUACGCGAAGCUGACAGGGCGCCCCUUCAGGGUCUUCAGCUUGGACACCGGCAGAUUAAACCCGGAAACAUACCAAUUCUUCGACGCAGUCGAAAAGCAUUACGGAAUCCGGAUCGAGUACAUGUUCCCUGACGCAGUAGAAGUGCAAGCACUAGUCCGCAGCAAGGGCCUCUUCUCAUUCUACGAGGACGGCCACCAGGAGUGCUGCCGAGUCCGAAAAGUCAGACCAUUACGCCGAGCUCUGAAGGGUCUGAGGGCAUGGAUCACAGGCCAGAGAAAGGAUCAGUCACCUGGAACCCGGUCAGAGGUUCCAGUCGUGCAGGUCGACCCGGUAUUCGAAGGGUUGGAAGGAGGAGCCGGCAGCCUGAUCAAGUGGAACCCAGUGGCCAAUGUAGACGGGGGAGAUAUCUGGAAGUUCCUCCGUGCAAUGGAGGUGCCUGUAAACUCACUGCAUUCUCAGGGUUACGUGUCGAUCGGUUGCGAGCCCUGCACUCGAGCUGUCCUCCCGGGACAGCACGAGAGAGAAGGGAGGUGGUGGUGGGAGGAUGCCAAGGCCAAAGAGUGCGGCCUCCACAAGGGGAACUUGAAACAGGACGCUCAGGAAGUGCCUGUCAACGGAACUGCAAACCGAGACCUGUUCGAGGCGAGGAACCUGGUGGCAUUGAGCAGAAACGGGAUGGAGAACUUGUUGAAGUUGGAGAAGAGGGAAGAGCCGUGGAUCGUCGUGCUGUACGCACCGUGGUGCCAGUUCUGCCAGGGGAUGGAGAGCUCGUACGUCGAGCUGGCGGAGAAGUUGGCAGGGAGUGGAGUGAAGGUGGGGAAGUUUCAGGCGGAUGGUGAGCAGAAGGAAUUCGCCAAGCAAGAGCUGCAGCUGGGGAGCUUCCCGACGAUCCUCUUCUUCCCCAAACAUUCGUCGAGGCCGAUCAAGUAUCCGUCGGAGCAGAGGGAUGUUGAUUCGCUGAUGGCUUUCGUGAAUGCUUUGAGGUGAUUUGGGUAUGCGGAAAGGGAAGUAGUUCUGGUUCUGUUGAAGAUGGGAAUAAUGAUGAGCUUCAUGGGAGCAGAACUUAGUUGUUUGCUUCAUGUUAGGUUUGUUAGCAGUAGCAGUGUAAUAGCUGUAUCCUGUGUGUCUAGCUUUUCUUUGAUUGCUGUUUGUAUAGAAAGGGUCGGGGAGAUGGAGAUGAUGGUCGCCUAAAUGAGGCAAAAUUUUGGGUUUAUAGGUUGAUGACAGUGGGGGAGUAAUUGAUGUCGUUCGAUUUGGGAUGUUGUUUGCCGUUUUGGUCGAUAUGUGUAUGGAAAUUGGCAAUGGGAAGUGAAAAUUUGAGGUGGUCGAAUCUGUUAUAGUGGGAAUUACAACGUGCAGUCGGCAGGUGAAAAACAUUGCAGGUGGGUAAACGUGCUUUGUCCUGAUGCUGCAACAGGUGAACACAUGUGGUACUGUUGUAGGACGAAGUGGAAUCAUCAUAGCUAAUGACUAACAUCAUUAGUUCAUUACGUUAACGUUGUGAGCAUGAUGAUCACAAAACAUGAAAGGGAUAAAUGAGGAUGAUGAAGUUUCAGAAAUGUCUAAAAGCAGCAUAUUUUUGGUGUAGGAGGCAUGUGUCGCGGUUAAUCAUGGCAUGAGCUUCAUUCCGAUGAUAAUGAAUAGGAUAUGAACUUCUGAUCGUAUUACUAUUAAUCGUAAUCGUAUUUUGUGCGUUAAUUUUUUUUUCAACUUACAAAACAAGUUUAAUGAAGUAUUUUGUCCAUUGGGCAAUUCCAGAAAAAACACGCGAGAAUGUCGUUUCGUAAUAAAUGUUUUGGAAACCUAUCGCACAGGUCGGUCCGACCGAAAAUAUAGAAUACCAAAUCAUAAACGGUAGGUCGUUUUAGACUUAUAAUGGUAUGAAACAGUUGGAUCACAAUUUAAUCCUGAUUUAAUUGAUAACAACAUACCAUUAACUUUUCUACAUAAUUUUCGAUACGAUUUGACAACAAUUGCCUCCUUUUAUAUUAUAUUGUUCGCCCAAAUGUAUAUGAUAAAUCCAACCUUUUCAUUUCAUCCUUUCACCUUUCCCCCCUCUCUUUCUUACAUUUAUCCCAAAAUAUCUCAUUUUACAACCCUAAUCCAGGGGAAAGUGGGCUGGGUUAUGGGCUCGUAGCCCGUAGGCCUUAAUCCACAUCGUGUCAUCCCCGCAGCCCACGGUGCAGUGUGACGAGAUGAUUAAACCUAUACCAACCAACCCGACGAAAAAUGCCAGCCUGGCCUGGCCCGUGAUUGUCAAGUCCGUGACUUGGAAGAACCAGAGAGACAAGCAAAGCAAGCAGCCAACCCAAGCUAUGGCUCUCUGUCUCUCUGCCCUGUCAGACCUUCACGUCCCUCACUCUUUCCCCCAAAUGACCGUAUAUACCCAUCUCCCGCUCCCUUCUUCCAUGUCGGCCGAUAAGGUCCUUAUAGUAAAUCAAACUCCAAACUUGACUCUUCACUCACUCAACCGGCUCGAUUCUCUGUCGUCGUCAUAAUGGACCAGUAGAAUCCAGAGAGACAAAUAGUUCCUCACCCAAUCUCCCAACUAAAUUCUCUCUUCAAAUCCACCCUGCAGUCAAAAUAGUUUGCGGAAUUUUUAACAGAGAAUUUUGGAAUUAGGGGUCGUUUGCUUCAUGGAUUUAUAAACGAGGGUUUUGUAAUUUAAAAACCCAAGGAUUUAUCAAGGAUUUGAGGCAUCAUGGAUUUGUAACAAUCCUUUGUUUGUUGGGAUGUUUUUAUCAUGGAUUUAAAAGUGUGGGAUUUACUACUUGAAGUCAAAAAUUACAUUACUGCCCUUUUCUAUAUGUUUGACAUGUUUAUGAUAUGUACACAAAACAAGGACAAUACAUACUAAUAAGCAUAAUGUUGCCACAUGGACAAUAAUAAUAAACGAGAAAAUUUCGUUUUAACUUUUAACGUAACAUAAUCAAUUACCAAUUCUUUG